GUCUGUCACUGUUUUUUGUUGUAAAUUGUAAUCUCAGGUUGUAAUCGGUCAAUCGUUGUAGUAAAGAGUAAAGCAUAACACGAUAAUUUCCACAGUUAAAUUUUUUUCAACAUCAUACGUUUCGGGCAUCAAAAUUACCCGUUAGUUUAUAGUUAUUUAUGAAAGAACAUUAGUUUUAAGUGAACUACGUCUGUCGUUAUCAGUGUUCGUAGCACACGCGUCUUCCAAAUAAGUGUUAAUUUUUAUAUCAUAUUUUAAAAUGGUUGAGGCUAGUAAACUUUGGUUCGAAGCUGCGUGCAGUACUUGCAAGUGCCAUGAACUUAUACACCCAUGGACGUACCGAUGUACAGAUGCUACGAGAACUAUGUUGAUAAGUUGUAUAAAAGGGAGCUAUAAAUUCUAUGCCAUGGUCUAUCUUAUACAAAUAUUAAUGAGAGGUAAAAAACUUGGGAAGAAGGAAAUGCUAGAACAAUUCAAGUUAUAUUUAAAAUCUGGAAUAUUUGGGUUGACUGUAGGCAGUUCCUUUGUCACAUUGAACUGCAUAUUCAGAAAGCUGUUCUUUAGUGAGUUCUCGUAUUAUAACACAGUGCUGUUACCAUGCACAGUCAGUGGACUAGCAGUGUUCUGCGAGCCACCAUACAGAAGAGUUAUGGUGCUCAAUCUAUUUGUUAAUCUGGUGUUCGAGUACUGGGUAAGGACGUUAGAAAUGAAAGGCUGGCUGCGGCGGUCUCCAGGCAAAGAGACGUUAGUCUUCAUGCUUGGUAGCGCCCUCUUCUUCUAUCUUAUGCGGUUAGACAGAGACAACACCAAACGGACGCCUUUGUUCUGGUUCUUCACACCUCCACGUGUAUCGAAAGAAGUUGGUGAGCCAAUGACAGGCAUCCACGGCAGGAGCCCGGCGUGCCCACACAAGGAACCGUGCAUCAAUUAUGUUUUAAAGGGUACAUUGCAACUCUUCGGUGUUGGAUGCGCAAUGACCAUGUUGAGGACGCUGAUCCCCAAAAUAUUGACGCCAGUGAAAGCAUUCAAAUCUUUGAAGAUGUCACAUAUGAAGCUUGGACUGUUCUUCGGAGGAUACAUCGGUAUUUAUAGGCUAGUAGUGUGCUUACUAUGUCGGGCGCACGGCAAGGACAGCGCGAUGUACGCGAUACCGGCCGGCUUCCUAUCGGGACUCGCCUUCAGAGCGUCACCGUCCUUACCCAUCUCGUUAGCGCCUGUCACUUCUUCCUUACAAAUCCUAGGCUCAUGGGGUUACCAAAAAGGUAUGAUCCCCGAAAACUGGCCUCUCGUUGAGAUCCUGUACUGUCUGUGCCAAGGCCUCUUGUUCCAUGCGCGAGUGAUGCACGAAGACGUCUGUCCGAGAUACAUCAUCAACUUGAUGCACACCGUUACUAGUUCCAAGGCCGACGAAAUCCAGUCAGCAUUUAUAAAGAAAAUGAUAAAGUACGCUUCAGGUUAGUUAGAAUUUUAGACAAAUUUAUUUGUGUAUUAUAAUUUAUGAGACAUUUUAUGUGACGGGAAUAUUCGACGAAAUAUUCAACUUAUUUGUAACAAUAGUUAAAGUAUAGAAAUUGGAAGUACACAUAAAUGUAAGUGUUAUGACAAAUAGCCACCUGUGAUAGUGUGUGUGAGUAACUUGCGCUACUGUAGUGUUGAUGCGCAAACUUGCGCUAAGUAUUGCGCAAAGACAAACGGCAAAAUACUCGAAUAUAUGAUGAUAUUGAAUAGUAAGAGCACGAAUGAUGUUGUAAUGUGACUUAGAAGACACGUCUUUUUGCACCUUAACAUACUCAGAAUAAAGUUUAUUUCCCUUUCGUCCAGUAUUCCCGUCUACAUUUUAUUUAGGUGCAAGUCUGUGAUUUAUGUUAAAGCGGAUGUUUUGCGGUACAGGGUUUUAUUUUAAAUGGGUAUCGUUAAAGGGUUGGUGUUUACGUUAAAUGUUCCAGUACUUCUGUAACACAAAAUAAAGAGGCAAAGAAACAAUCGCAUGUAAAAACAGUAUUAUGAAUUUAAUUCCUACCUCAUUUACUGCUCGAAUUUCAUCUUUAAUUCAAUUAGAUUAAGAUUGAAAUUGGUAUUUUGACUGUAUAAUGUAUGCAAUUGCAUAUUCAAUAUACCUUUUAUCGAAUUAUCAAUAGAAUAUUCCGUCUGAAUCUCUUUACCAUAUUAUUAUAGUCACAUAAAGUGCAAGUUUACUUUGUUAUUUUUGCCUCUUUAUUUUGUGACAAUAACAUUAAUUACAUAGGAUAACUAUUGAACAUAAGCCGGUACCAGUUGACCUUUCAUUGCCUGGUAAUACUGCUAAAUGUGAGAUCUACUUAUACUGGGAAAACAUAACUUGAUGUUAUUUAUUAAAGAACGGUGUGUUCUUAGAAUGAUAAUAAAAUAACUAAUGUCUAAGCUUACAAAAGCUGUUUAAUACAGAGAAUGUAUCUCUAGCUAGAAUAUGAAAAGCUAUAAAAAAUAACGAAAGAGUGAAAGAACGGAGAGUACCUAGACAAGAACUCAUGCGCAAUGUAAAAAGUAAUUGGUGCAUUUGAAAUAUAUAAGCAAAUAUUACGUCACAAAUGUUGUAUGUACAAGAAUGUAAAAUACAGUUGCGUGCAAAAAUAUAUACCCAUAUAGCUUGACAUUUAGUGGCGAUGGUGAUUCACUGACAGUCGUACUCAGAGACAUUUAAUGAUUACUUAAAGUAUUCUUUAGUAACGAUUUUGUUCCAAAAACGAUAGCUAUAUAUACUCUAAGUACGGCGGUUAGUAAUUUAUGGAUGUAUCUUUAUUUUUGCACGACACUGUAAACUUAAUAUUUUGUAAGUUAUUUGGAUGAAGUUAGAAUAUUAUUGUAAUGACUUAUGAGACAGAUAGUUAAAUACUAGAGACGUUAACGAAAUGUUUAUGCUGUAACUGCUGUACUCAGAGACAUUUAAAUUAUUCCUUAGUAACUAUUUUGUUCCCAAAACAAUUCCUAAGGAGUAGGUUAAGUAACCAUUAAAUGACUCUGAGUACGGCGAUAAGUCCUAAGUACAAAACAUGAAAAUAAAGCCUUGAUGAAGAUGUUAUUUCACGUAAAUUGUUCACAAAUGACAAACUUGAAUAAAAUAAUUUAUCUAAUACUAUGUGAAUAUCUACUUAAAAUUAUUUUAGUAUUGAAGGACAGUUGAUUAACCGAAGUACAAUUUUGGUAUUUAGGAGUGGUGACGAUAAUAAAAAAAAGGUAUCCCUUUAUUUCAUCGACUAAAUAAUGAGGAUUCUAAGAGGUAUUGUAUUUGUUUUAGUUUGAACUAAAAUACCGUAAUCAAACAAUUAUUUAAAGGAUUUAUGAAAGAAAAAUAAUCGUUUACAAACGAUCUGAAAGUCAUUGGGGUGCACAUAAAGUCAUAAUACAGUUAACAAGCAUGGCUCCGGCACGGCGUUUUUUGUUUUAGACACAAAUACAAAAAGGCUGCAAGCGCACUGGCAGCGCGCUUACCACCCUUUUUUAUUGACGUUACGAAAUAUAUCAUACGACAUACGAUUUAAAGUUCAAUUUUAAAUGACAAUUUAAUUGCUGGGUUGGAGCUGUGCUUGUAAAAUGUGUUAUGUUUUUUAUGAUCAGCAGUGGACGUCUCGUGACUCGAAUGAUGAUGAUGAAUAUAAAAAUAAUAUUGGAAUUGAGUGAGCAAACUCCAGUGUUACAAAUAUAAAAUAUCCGUUGCCAGAAUUAGAAGCUAAAUUGAACUUUAAUGUAAGUAAAUUAAGAAGUAUAGUCGCGUAGCAAAUGAAUAGUGCUUAUAAAUCAGUGCCUGGGUGAUGAUAAUAUUAGUGAUCACUUUUAGGUAAAUGUUAACUAACAACGAAUAUUAAAGUCUAAGGGUUAUUUAUUUGGUACUUGUGUGAAUUAUAUUUGUUUUGCCCGAAGGUAUAAAUAUCGAGUAUUGAUAUCGUAGGAAAAAGUCAACAAAUGAUCCAUUAAUUUUAUUAUUACUUUCGUGAGACAUACUAAAUUUAAGUGAUCGGCUUACUGACGUAACUGUUUGACCAGGAACUUGACUAGUUUCAUAUUCAUGAGAACAUACCGAGGUCCACGACGCAAUGAUCCUUUUUAAAAUAAAACCAAACAGUUAUGUUAUUAUGAUUAACGUUGAAUGAUGCUAUAUCUGAAUACAUAAUCUGUAGUCUCCGAAGCGUGACAGACUCUUAUGUAUAGGUCUACAUAAAAUAUAAUUCACACAAGUAAAAAAGGUAUUUUAAUAGGCACAAAUUAACAUAGUUACCUGUAGAAUUCUAUAUAAAAAACAACAUGUUUGUAAUAUCAAUUGAUGAUAUAUUUUAUUUAUUACGUUAGCUUUGUAGAAUUUUAUCAAUUUAUUUAUAGAUUCAAGUUUGGGUGAGGAAAAGCAAUUAUUAUGAGUAAAUAGUUAAUAUUGGUUAACACCAAUUUACUUAGGAUUAAUGUCACAUAGACUCAAUAUGCCGUAAAAGUGUGCUAGAAAAGGUUUUAGGAUAAAUAGUUAAAUAUACAGUCAUUUUGGUUAAAAUUAAACUAUAAUGUUGUAACAUUGGACCAUACAUACACAUAAAUAAUUCGCCGUCUAACUUUACUCGAAUAAAGAUUUAAAAUAUUGAAGUGUAUUCUCAGAGUCCAAUAUUACACCGGCAGGUCCAAUAUGUCUUAGUAAAAUUGGUCCGAGAUGGUGUAAUAAUGGAUCAUAACAAAUUAGUUAAUUAUGUGGAAUGUCCAUCCGAAGUCCCAACUCACUAGAUAUUAAUUAAUAGUUACAACCGUGGUUCAAUUUUACCCAAAAUGACUUUAUUUAUAGGCGUUGUCUUAUUUUUACCAAAUCGCAUUUAUCGAUAUUUUAUAAAGGUGACAGUUAGGCUAGUGUUGCCAUAAUGAUAAAACUUUAUUCUACUAAUUUUCCAAUUAUUAUUAGAAUGUGAGCACGUUUCCUUUGUGCACGAAUAUUUAUUUGAAUUUUCACAUAUUGUAAGUGAUUUAAUUUAUAAGAUUUUUAUGGCAAUGUAUUUAAUGAUAUUAGGGCAAAUAUGUUCUCAAAUAGGAUUGUACUAAACAUGCAUCACAAUUUACUGACGACAGUAUACUUAGUAAACUUUAAAUAGUGUACAGUCUGCAUAGUUAUUUAAUAUAUGCAUGUAUGAAAAUAAUUUACUCAGCCAAGACACACACGAAAGAUAUGGCUUCAUUAAAAACCGUAUAAUUUACUGUACUGAGUUAACCUUUAUUUUCUUACCUGCAUAUUAUUAUCAAACUGGGCAGACUAAAUCAAAAUACUCCUUUUUGCUUUGACUACGAGUAGUUCUGGCCGUACUUCAUGUAUGUUCUUAUGUACCACGCCUGUUGUAAACCGUGUACAAUCUACACCACCUACCAAUAUCAUUGAAAUGCUCGACAUUAUUGUUAUAUUUUUGUAAUAAAAUGAUUUUGUAUUAAAA